AUGUCGGCUGAAAAGGAAUUACAUUUUCGUCAUGCUUGUAAAAUAGUAUUAAAAUUAGUAACUGAACAUAUCAUAUCAGAUUUAGAAAAAAAAAGUAAAAAAAAGAAUAGGUCAGUCUGGGUAAGGAAGUGGAUUGCUAGAAGACAACAUUUUGGAGCAUCCGAUAUACUUUUAAAAGAACUUGCGUUAGAAGAUCCAAAUUCAUUCAAAAAUCAUUUAAGAAUGUCAUCAGACCUUUUUGAAACCCUACUGCAGCAUGUUACACCAUCAAUAGAAAAACAAAACACAACAAUGAGAGACGCAUUACCAGCUAGAUUAAAACUCCAAAUUACAUUAAGAUAUUUAGGAUCCGGAGACUCAUUUGCUUCAUUGCAAUACUUAUACAGAGUACCGAAGUGUACGAUUUCAAAAUUUCUACCUGAAGUGUGUGAUUCUAUUUACAGUGUGCUUGAAAAUUACAUAAAAGUUCCAAAUACCCAAGAAGAGUGGGAUGAUAUAAAAAAAGGAUUUUCAAAUAGAUGGAAUUUUCCGGGCUGUGGUGGAGCCCUGGAUGGCAAACAUGUGGUUUUAAGAGCCCCGUUUCAUUCAGGAUCGAACUUUUACAAUUAUAAAGGCUCAUUUAGCAUUAUUUUGUUUGCACUUGUUGAUGAUCAAUAUUGUUUCAAAUAUAUAGAUGUUGGAUCUAAUGGAAGGGCAUCUGAUGGGGGUAUUUUUUCAAAAUCUAGUUUAAAGAAUGCCGUGGAAAAUAAUUUAUUAAAUAUGCCACCUAAUACAAUAUUUGUAGCAGAUGACGCAUUCCCACUUAAAGAUUAUCUAUUGAAGCCCUAUUCUCAUCACGGCCCAUUGACAAUAAAAGAAAGAGUUUUCAAUUACAGACUAUCACGUGCUAGACGCAUCGUUGAAAAUGCAUUUGGUAUUCUUGUUUCUAGAUUUAGAAUAUUUGAAAAACCAAUUGCAUUGUCUCCUGAAAAGGCAGAUAAUAUUGUAAAAACAACGUGUGUUUUACAUAACUGGUUAAGAAUGAAUUCUUCCUCUUAUCUUAACCGGGGUUGUGUUGACGAAGAAGACCAUGAAAAUGGAGUAAUAAUUGAUGGAACAUGGCGAAAAGAAAUUCGAGGACUGGGAUUACCAGAUUUGACUAGUGCUAGUGAGAGUAAUAAUUAUACAAAAAAUGCUUCAAACAUAAGAAAUAAUUUGGCUGAUUGGUUUAUGGGAGACGGAGCCGUACCUUGGCAAAUGAAUAUGCUUAAUCUCAAGAAAUAA